AUGAUCGCAGCCAAGAUACGGACCACCAAGUGGAAAGAAGUCACAUUGGAACAAGCCCUAGACGACGAUUGGGACAUGAUUCCGACCCUCACGGCCUUUUCUCGAACACAAGACUUCUGCCAGCAUCUCGAGCAACAUCGUACCGCGCUGGAAAACAUCAUCUCACGCCACCUUGGUAUUUCAACAGCGGACUUGGUGCUGCUCGACCGAAAACAUUGGGUCUGGGGCUCCUUCAACAUCUGUUUGCCGAUCGACAUCAUACGCAGUCAUCGAACAUCCGCGCUUCCUCGCCAAGCGAUCUUGCGACUUCCACUGCCGUUCAGGUGCGGUGAGAAGUACAGUCCUGGUAAUGUGGAGGAAAAGCUGAGGUGCGAAGCUGCGACUUACAUCUGGCUUCGGCGGAAUUGCCCAUCGAUUCCCAUCCCGAGAUUACUGGGCGUAGGAAUACCAGGCGUGGAAGCGUUCACAGCGAUCGAGAACGAAUCGCUAUGGCAUCGCUUCCUCUGGCAUCUACAGCGCUUCCGUGCAUGGCUGCAAGGCGAUACGCUGGCGCCUUUCUUCCGCCACGACAGAUCUGACACCUUGUCAUCUACGCAUGGAUAUCUGCUCUUGGAGUAUGUCAUGGCCGGCGACCCGUUGUCUUCGUCUUGGCAAAAGUACCGCCAGCAUGGCACUCGCCGUGACAAUCUCUAUCGAGGCAUCUCCAGAAUACUGCUUGAUCUUGCAAGAGUUCCGCAGCCUCGCAUUGGUUCCUGGACGUUGAACAGCCGAGGCAUCAUCUCUCUGACCAAUCGUCCGCUCCUCGACCUCACGAUGCUUUGGAACAGACACGAGAUUCCGACCGGGAUACCAAAGAUCUUGACAUACAACUCCUCUCCUUCCUACCUCCAAGACCUCCUCUCCUACCAAGACCUCCGACUCCGCCACCAACCCAACGCCAUCCUCGGCCGCCCCGACGCAGUCUUUCAACUCUCCGCCCUCGCAGCUCUGCGAGCUCUCCAACCCGUCUUCUGGAAGUCGCAAGACUCCCGCGAGGAGUCUUUCGUGCUGACUUUGCCCGACCUCCACCAGAGUAACAUCUUCGUAGACGACGACUGGAAUAUCGUCGGUGUCAUUGACUUUGAGUUCGCGCCUGUGCAACCCAUCGGGAUCGUGCAUGUUCCUACUUGGCUUACGGACAAAGGUGUCGAUGAGCUGGUUGGUCCGGCGCUGGACGAGUAUCGGGAAGCGCAUGAUCGGUUUCUUGAGGUUCUGCAGGAAGAAGAAGAAUCGGCGGACCGGGAGCCGGUCCCAUCGCCUGCCGCAAAGCAUCACCUCAGCAGCCGCCUGCGACAAGACUGGCAAACAGGAAAGAUGUGGUUCAAUGCUGCGCUGCGCAGUACGAAUGCUUUCCCGCUGGUGUUUGAACAGCAUAUCCAGCCGAGGUUUUUUGAAAAAUUCGACCCGGACGUUGAGGGGAAUGCGCUUAUGCGGCUUUGGAGUGAGGAGGACUGUGAGGAGUUUAUUGCGAAGAAAUUGAGGGAUAAGAAGGGGUAUGAGGAGCGGGUGAGGGGGUUGUUCGAUGCGGCAGGAAACCGUGCGCAAUCGCAAGUGUGA